GGCAUGUUCAUUCGUACACGACCACACUGCAGAUUGCUAGCAGAUAAUUUAUGAAUUUGGAUCAACCUCUCAGCAUUCCCUAACCACCAAAGGACAUCAAAAUGAGUCGAACAUAUAAUGACGAACUCCAGUAUCUUGACAAAAUUCACAAGAAUUGCUGGAGGAUCAAAAAAGGAUUUGUUCCCAAUAUGCAGGUUGAGGGAAUAUUUUACGUCAAUGAUCCACUUGAAAAGCUGAUGUUCGAAGAGCUACGGAAUGCAUGUCGUGGUGGAGGUGUGGGAGGCUUUCUUCCAGCAAUGAAGCAGAUUGGUAACGUGGCAGCCCUGCCAGGAAUAGUUCAUAGGUCCAUUGGUCUGCCAGACGUCCACUCGGGUUAUGGCUUUGCCAUCGGCAACAUGGCGGCGUUUGACAUGAGUGACCCCAAUGCUGUGGUCUCCCCGGGUGGGGUGGGCUUUGACAUCAACUGCGGCGUGCGUCUGCUGAGGACCAACCUGGACGAGGGAGACGUGCAGCCGGUGAAGGAGCAGCUAGCCCAGGCCAUGUUCGACCACAUACCCGUGGGCGUGGGCUCCAAAGGAGUCAUUCCCAUGGGGGCCAAGGACCUGGAGGAGGCGCUGGAGAUGGGAGUGGACUGGUCCCUGAGGGAGGGCUACGCCUGGGCAGAGGACAAGGAGCAUUGUGAGGAGUACGGCAGGAUGCUCCAGGCAGACCCAAACAAGGUCUCCUCCAAGGCCAAGAAGAGAGGACUGCCUCAGCUGGGAACACUCGGCGCUGGCAACCACUAUGCUGAGAUCCAGGUGGUGGACGAGAUCUACAACGACUAUGCGGCCAAGAAGAUGGGCAUCGACCACAAGGGCCAGGUGUGCGUGAUGAUCCACAGCGGCAGCAGAGGCCUCGGCCAUCAGGUGGCCACAGAUGCUCUGGUCGCCAUGGAGAAGGCCAUGAAGAGGGACAAGAUCAUCGUGAACGACCGGCAGCUGGCGUGCGCCCGCAUCGAGUCCCCCGAGGGCCAGGACUACCUGAAGGGCAUGGCGGCCGCCGGGAACUACGCCUGGGUCAACAGGUCAUCCAUGACCUUCCUCACCAGACAGGCCUUCUCCAAGGUCUUCACCACCACUCCAGACGACUUGGACAUGCACGUGAUCUACGACGUGUCCCACAACAUCGCCAAGGUGGAGGAGCACAUGGUGGACGGCAAGCAGAAGACGCUGCUGCUGCACAGGAAGGGCUCCACCCGCGCCUUCCCCCCGCACCACCCCCUCAUCCCCGUGGACUACCAGCUGACUGGGCAGCCCGUUCUGAUCGGUGGCACCAUGGGCACGUGCAGCUACGUCCUGACUGGCACGGAGCAGGGCAUGACCGAGACGUUCGGCACAACCUGCCACGGCGCGGGUCGUGCUCUGUCCCGUGCCAAGUCCCGCCGGAACCUGGACUUCCAGGAUGUGCUGGACAAGCUGGCUGACCAGGGCAUCGCUAUCCGAGUGGCCUCGCCCAAACUAGUCAUGGAAGAGGCUCCUGAGUCCUACAAAAAUGUUACGGAUGUUGUCAACACGUGCCACGACGCUGGGAUCAGCAAGAAGGCCAUUAAGCUCCGCCCCAUCGCUGUCAUCAAGGGUUAAAGGUCAUUCCCUAUCCCUAUGGACACUAUGGCAACCAAGUCCCAAUGAUGGCAUGGGCAAAUGGAGAAGGAAGAGACAAUAGCGGCCGCAGGCCAAGAGAUGGCGUGGUGUGGUAUAAUGUGUGGAUGCCUUCAGGAAAACCAUUGAAGUCCUGUGUGCAUCUGUGAAAGAAAUGAAAUGGAAUGAAAGAAAAGCUUCUUCGUGCUGAAUGACUCUUCGAUCUGCUACGCAGAGAUGUUAUUUCUCCACAAUUAUUUUUCCAUACACAAGAACUAAGUGCUUUUUUUGUUUUGUUUUUUUGUUUGGUUUGUGGACGCUUUCGUUUUUUUUUCCACCAAUGAAGGUGUAGAGGUUGCUUUGAGCCACCAUUUUCUGUUGUGUGACAAUUGCUAAACUGACAUUUGAUAAAACAGGCAAAAGGAAGUAGAACAACAAAAUCAAUAAAUAAAUGUAACACUAGCUCAAGUGAUAAGA